CAACGACUCAUUUCUCGUGUGCUUGACAGGCUGGGCUGAGCAAUCUGGCUGUGCCCUCAAUGCUCACCUCCACCCUCCAGCAUCACACCCUACUCGCUUUAGCCGGUCCGCUUGCCUGACAAGGAAGGACGCUGAUACACAAUCUAAGCGCCUCUCACGGGACACGGAGACGCUUACCUUGACCCUGACUUGACUUCCUGAACUCCCGCAGUUGUCUUUCGUCUUGCUCAUCUUGCUCGUCAAAGGACGACACGUACCUCGAGACGACACGACAGUCUUCCAGGACUACCUCGCCGACGAGCCCAUGUCCAUAGACGUUCUGCAAGCUUUGACUUGAGUUCAAUCGGACCAUUGUGCCGACCAUGAUACUCACUGGCGUCCGGCCGGCAUUGAGGCGGUACGGAGCAAGCACGCACUCACGAGGAGAGCUACUGCAACGCUCAGCGUCGUCACUCUAUGUCGCGCACUCAAGGGCUCUUCGCGUCCUAGCCCAGCAUUGGCCACAACCCAAGUGUUGGACGAUUCCUCAUCCCUGUACGAGCUUGAUAAAGUAUACAGGAUAUGCCACCGAGACUCCAGAUCAGACGACUCACACGCCACCGAGUCCCUCGCAUCCACCUCGUCCAUACUCCGAGCUUACCGUUGGUGUGGUUCGUGAAAUUUAUCCUGGCGAGCGUCGUGUCGCUUUGACGCCUCAGAAUACAGCCUUGCUGCUCAAGAAAGGCUUCCAACGAGUGCUCGUCGAGCGUGGAGCUGGUGCUGAAGCUCAAUUUACAGACGAGGCAUACAAGCAGGCUGGCGCUACCCUCGUCGGACCGGGGGAGAUCUGGUCACAAAGUGAUGUCCUCCUCAAAGUGCGCCCUCCCACCGACGGAGGCGAAGGCAAUGAGGUCCGUCAGCUCCGUGAUGGUGGUGUUAUCAUCUCGUUUCUCUAUCCAGCCAGAAACAAAGAUCUCGUAGCCAAGAUCGCAAGUCGAGGAAGCACAAGUUUCGCCAUGGACAUGAUACCUCGGAUCUCACGCGCGCAGGUGUUCGAUGCUCUGAGCUCCAUGGCUAAUAUUGCUGGAUAUAAAGCUGUGCUGGAAGCUUCCAACCACUUUGGAAGAUUCUUGACUGGACAAGUCACGGCCGCUGGCAAGAUCCCGCCCUGUAAGGUAUUGGUAAUCGGUGCUGGUGUGGCUGGACUGAGUGCCAUUGCAACAGCUCGCCGCAUGGGUGCAAUUGUGCGCGGGUUUGAUACACGAUCGGCUGCACGAGAGCAGGUCCAGUCGCUUGGUGCGGAGUUCAUUGAAGUAGAAAUUCAAGAGUCGGGCGACGGAGCGGGAGGAUAUGCAAAAGUCAUGUCGAAAGAGUUCAUUGAAGCCGAAAUGAAGCUGUUCAUGGAACAGGCACAGGAAGUUGAUAUCAUCAUCACUACAGCUCUGAUCCCCGGAAAGCCCGCCCCGAAGCUCAUCACCAACGAGAUGGUGGCAGCUAUGAGACCUGGUUCAGUCGUUGUGGACCUAGCAGCAGAGGCAGGGGGCAAUUGUGAGGCCACAGUUCCUGGACAAGUCGCGACAUACAAGGACGCUACGAUUAUUGGGUACACUGAUCUUCCUUCACGGCUCCCCACACAGUCAUCUACGCUAUAUUCAAACAACAUCACCAAGUUUCUUCUUUCCAUGAAUCCCCAGGAGAAGCAUUUCGGCAUUGACUUUGAAGACGAGGUGGUUCGCGGUUCCAUCGUCACUCAGAACGGCGACAUCAUCCCGCCUGCUCCAAGACCAGUCCCACCUACGCCUCCUCAAUCAUCUUCAAAUGCAGGGGCUACUGUCACCCCUGAGACCGUUGCAGUGGCGUUGACGCCAUGGCAGAAGACGUCGCGUGAAGUUGCGUUGGUGACGGGCGGUAUGGGGACUGUUCUUGGACUUGCCAAAGCAACAGGACCCGUGUUCAUGGGCAACACGUUCAUCUUCGCACUGUCUGGUAUGAUCGGCUAUCGUGCAGUCUGGGGAGUACAGCCUGCUCUGCACUCACCACUGAUGAGCGUCACCAACGCGAUCUCCGGAAUGGUGGGUAUCGGCGGUCUGUUCGUGAUGGGCGGCGGAUUCUUCCCAGAGACGAUCCCUCAAGCCCUUGGAGCGGCAUCGGUACUUUUGGCUUUCAUGAACAUCUCGGGAGGGUUCGUUAUAACGAAACGGAUGCUUGACAUGUUCAAGCGGCCUACUGAUCCUCCGGAGUAUCCCUGGUUGUAUAGUGUUCCUGCACUGCUUUUCGGUGGCGGGUAUCUUGCAGCUGCCACGACUGGAGCUGCAGGGCUUGUGCAGGGGGGUUAUCUUCUCAGCAGUGUCCUCUGUAUGACGUCUAUCCAGAGCCUCUCCUCGAUGACAUCGGCGAGGCAAGGCAAUGUUCUUGGCAUGCUUGGUGUCAGCACAGGUAUCCUUGCAUCGCUCCAUGCUGUGGGAUUCUCGAUGGAGGUGCUUGUGCAGUUUGCUGGACUAGCUGGUAUUGGCGGCAUGAUUGGUGCUGUCUUUGGAUCUCGUGUUUCGCCCAUCAGCCUGCCUCAGACAGUAGCUCUUCUACACUCUGUUGUUGGUCUGGCUGCGGUCCUGACGAGUAUUGGUAGUGUGCUGGGCGGCAUUGACCAUGUUUCUACAUUGCAUCUCGUGUCGGCAUAUCUAGGAGUUGUCAUUGGCGGCGUUACUUUUACAGGCUCUCUUGUUGCGUUUAUGAAACUGGCGGGCAGGAUGUCCUCUAAGCCUACAAUCCUGCCUGGGAAGCACGCCAUCAAUGGAGGUCUCCUCGCGGCUAAUGUUGCUACGAUGGGCGCUUUCAUCACCAUGGCGCCCGGAGCACCGGUUGUUGCUGCUGCAGCUCUGGGCACAAGCACAGCACUUAGUUUCCUGAAGGGGUAUACCACGACAGCGGCAAUUGGAGGAGCCGAUAUGCCCGUUGUCAUCACCGUUCUCAACGCCUACUCAGGUUUCGCCCUCGUCGCAGAAGGCUUCAUGCUCGACAACCCGCUGCUAACCAGCGUGGGUGCCCUCAUCGGCGUGAGCGGCUCCAUCCUCUCCUACAUCAUGUGCGUCGCCAUGAACCGCUCCCUCACAAACGUGCUCUUCGGCGGCAUAUCGGCCCCCGCCCAAACAGACUUCAAAGUCGACGGCGAAAUCACAAAAGCCAGCAUCGACGACACCGUCGACCUCCUUGCGAACGCCGAAUCCGUCAUCAUCGUCGUAGGCUACGGCAUGGCCGUCGCAAAAGCCCAGUACGCAAUCGCAGCCUUCACCCAAACCCUCCGCAGCCGCGGCAUAAACGUCCGCUUCGCAAUCCACCCGGUCGCUGGCCGCAUGCCGGGCCAAUGCAACGUCCUCCUUGCCGAAGCAUCCGUCCCCUACGACAUCGUCCUCGAAAUGGACGAAAUCAACGACGAUUUCCCGGACACGGACGUCACGCUCGUCAUUGGUGCGAAUGAUACCGUUAAUCCGAUUGCGCUGGAGCGGAAUAGUCCGAUCGCGGGCAUGCCCGUGCUGCAUGCGUGGAAGAGUAAGAGUACGGUCGUGAUGAAGCGUGGGAUGGCGAGUGGGUAUGCGGAUGUGCCGAAUCCGAUGUUCUAUAUGCCGGGUACGAAGAUGUUGUUUGGCGAUGCGCGCGAGAGUUGUGAUGCUAUCCGUGCGGCGCUGGAUGCAAGGGCGAAGGAGUAUGAUGUUUGAUGGUUGGUGGAUGGUGGGUCGUGCAUUCUUUGCAUUUUUCUUUCGGCUGGCGUUGGAUUUUCGGGCGCGUGUGGGUUGGAUGCUGGGUUGAGCUGGAUUGAUCUGAGCUGAGUUGAAUAUAUGAGAGAGAGAGAGAGGGGGGUAGUACCAUAUGAUACACCUCCAUCGCACGAUCACAUAACAACACAAGAAUAACACAUCAUCUGUCC